AUGACGCAAUCCGACUGCCAAACAGGCCGUGGCUUCGAACGAGGCUGUUGGAUCGCCCAACCGGGAACGCAUACACGCACUCGCGCCAGCCGCACCCGCCCCGAAAACCGGAACCGUCCCACGAACGAGAUGGUCGCCAUGCUCUCCACCUCCGCCUUCGUCGGCCAGCGCGUCGUCGCCGCGAAGACCGCCGCCAAGCCCCGCAAGGUGGCGUGCAAGGUCGUCUCCGCGCACGCCGAGCCCCGGCAGAUCGCGCUCGCCGGAGUCGCCGCCGCAGCCGUCGUCCUCGACGCGACCGCUUCGCUCGCCGCGCCCUCCGCUUCCAUGGACGCAUCCGCGCUCUACAAGAAGGUGGAGCCCGAGCGCACCGCCAAGAGCCGCUUCGACGGCACCGAGGUGGCCAAGCUGAAGGCCAACGGCGGCAAGACCGCGCCCGCGCCCAAGGCGGCGGCCUCCGCCUCCAAGCCCGCGACCGCCUCCAAGCCCGCGCCCGCCUCCAAGUCGGCGCCCGCCAAGAAGAAAUCCUCCAAGAAGACGGAUUCGCAGGCGUCCUCCGGCGGCGCGCUCGCCGCGGUGGUCGCCCUCGGCGGCCUCUUCGCCGCCAACGCCACCCGCGGCGGCGACUCUUCCUCCUCUUCCUCUUCCGGUUCCUCCGGUUCCUCCAGCGGCGGCAAGUCCGACGCCGCGGCCAACGCCGCCGAGGCGCAAAAGUGGAUCGACAGCUGGAAGGGAUCUUCCCCGGCGCCCGCAGCCGGCGCCGGCGCGGACACCCCCGAGGGCCGCGCCGCCGAGGCCCAGGCGUGGAUCGACGCCUGGAAGGCCAAGCAGUAAACACAGAGGUAUCAUCAGCGAAAACACCGUAAACUUACGUAUAAAUAUAUCAACCAUUAGGCUCAAAAC